AUUCUUUUUUCUCCUUCUCUCAUUAAUAACAAGGAUGCCAGUGUAGCAUGUUGGUGAAGUUGAGCACAAUUCUCUUCAUUUUUUUGGUCAGCUGCUGCGAGACAACGGGCAGGCCAGCUUGGGAGAAUGGAUUUGUAGGACCUCAUGACACCUCCUCACUGCAAGUAAGAAAUCAACAGCAAGCAGCAGCGCGAAGAACAGCAGCAUCGAGGAUCGGAUCGCGGCCCCCGAGCUGCAUCAACAAGUGUGACUCGUGCACUCCAUGCCAGGCCGUCCAGGCGAGCCAGCAAAGCCUGGCCGAGAUGAGCAGCAACAUCGGAUCUCGGCCUCCGAGCUGCCAGAACAAAUGCAACCGAUGCAUCCCGUGCCAGGCAGUGCAAGUCCCCACGCCCAUCGAGCGCAAAUCCCCGGUCGUACCACGGAAGCGAGAACAUCGCCGAGAACACCGCCAAGAACACGAACACCAACAAGAACAACACCAAGAACACCACCAACAUCACCAACAGGUCAGUGUUGAGUACUCCAACUACAAACCCGAGGGCUGGAGGUGCAAGUGUGGCAACAAGCUGUUCAAUCCGUGAAUCGCUACUGCUACUAUGCUACUACUGCUAUAUUACUACUCCCUUCUUCGUUUUCUUCAUCGAUCAUAGAAAUCAUAGAUUGAGAUGAGAUAUUUUAAUAAGUAUGUGCUCUAACCGUAACUGUGUUUCUAGACGAGGGAAAGAAUCUAGUUUGAGAAAUCCGAGGCGAUGUAGCUAAUGUACAUUUGAAGAAAAUAGAGAGGAAGGAUCACAUUCUCUUA